AUGGACGGCCCGGCAAAGUUUCGUGCAGUCAUUGUCGGCGGUGGGAUGGUUGGCCUCACGGCAGCUCACAUCUUCUCCAAAGUUGGCAUCGACUUUGUGAUUCUAGAAAAGCAUAAGACUGUGUUGGCAUCGCGCGGCUCGGAUUUGGCGGUUUGGCCGCAGACCAUGCGGAUAUUUGAUCAGCUGGGUGUGCUCGAGACAAUGAAUGGUCUCCUCGAUUAUUGCAGCGACAUUCAGGUCAUUACUUGCAAAGAUGGCCGCAAGAUUCGGUCAGACGAAAUGCUGAGUUUGGUUGAAAGAAAUCAUGGUCACCCGAUAAACUUCAUGAGCCGCCCACAGAUGGUGAAUUUCCUUUACGACAGCCUACCGCAGACUGCAAAAGAUUGCAUACUGUUGGAAAAACAGGUCACCGACGUUGAAAUUUCCGAGGACGGAGUCACUGUCACGUGCGAAGAUGGGACGUCCCACCGUGGCUCCAUUGUAGUUGGAGCUGAUGGAGUGCGCAGCCAAGUCCGGUUAUAUUCCCAGGCACUCAGGGCAGGCUGUGAGCCCAAGGAGCUACCACAAGGGAUCAAGACACCAUUCACCACGACGUAUCGCAUGUUCUUUUGCAACAUACCGAUUCUGCCCGGAUUGGAGCCAAAUUCGACAUAUAGCGGAGUCCACCAGGGCAGCAGCACGCAACUAAUCAAUGGAUCGAAAGCAGCUACCCUUGCCGUGUAUGAGAAACUGGACACUCCGACAUCGACAUUGAAAAGGUACACACAGGCAGAUUCCGAUGAUCUCCUGAAGCGUGUGGAUCAUUUAUACGUGGCUCCCAAUUUGACCCUCUCCGAAGCCUUGCAAUAUCGCACCAACGAACCAUGUUUAAUCGAUCUGGAAGAAGGCUUUAUCGAGGACCAUUGGUUCCACAAGCGCAUUGUACUGGUCGGCGAUUCGGUCCGAAAGUAUGAGCCGCACCUUGGACUGGGCUACAAUUCCGGGGUUUCUGAUGUGGUGGUCUUGGCCAACCAGUUGCGCACCCUGCUGCAGAAAGAUGAAUGUCCAGGAACGUUGGCAAUCGAAAAGGCGUUCGAGUCCUAUCAGGAGGCCCGAAUGGAACAGACCAAACAGAUGGCAUCCUUGUCAGAGCAGGGUGCACGGUUGCUGGCAUGGCUCAACUGGAAGCACAUGGUCAUUGGCAGAUAUGUGCUAAACGUGCUCUCCCCGUUGGCCGGUUUCAUUAUAACAAAGACCAUUUCGUCGGUGGUUAGUCAGGCACCAGUCCUUGAUGAGCUACAAGAGAAGAAUCUGCCCCAAUCAAGGGUAAGCUGGAAGUUUCACCCGAGUGUCGGGCAUUGA